CAAGCCCCUCCCCCGGUGGCAAGCCCAGCCUCUCGCUUCCCUCCUGGAGCUCUUUUCAUUUUUAUUUCUAACCCCCUCUCCAUUCUCCCUGCUGCCUCUGCUCUUUCCCCCGAUGGCUACGAACUGAGCAGCAGAAGAGAGGGGGGGCACAGGAAGGGGGGAAAAAAAAGCAAGAAAAAGGAAAAGGAAGAAGGGGAGAAGCGGAAUUCUUUUUUUUUUUUUUCCUUGCCUCUGCCCUUAAUGCCCGCGAUCUGGAUCAAGGAAGGGGAUUUUCUGUCUGAGCAUGAAAAGGACUGCUAGAGCCCCAGGAUUUUCACGCCUGCAGUAUCAGCCCCGCACCCAGUAUGCGAGCUGGACAGAGAAGCUCUCCCACAAGUUCCUACCGAGCCGAAUAAAAGCCACGGGCGAGCCGAUCUCCGCCACAGAGGGACAUUAGCAUCAGGACUCCACAGAAUGGAGCAAGAAUGAGAGGAAAAAGGCAGACAGAAAAGCAUGAACUGGAGGCUUGUUGAGUUCCUCUACCUCCUGUUUAUAUGGGACCAUAUACUCAUACAGCCCUCCCACCAGGACCCAGCUGCUACCAACCAACAUGUCUCCAAGGAGUUUGAUUGGCUUAUUUCAGACAGGGGGCCUUUCCACCACUCACGGAGCUACUUAUCCUUUGUGGAAAGACAUCGUCAAGGAUUUACAACCAGAUAUAAAAUAUACAGGGAGUUUGCCCGUUGGAAGGUGAGGAACACAGCCAUCGAGAGGAGGGACCUGCUCCACAACCCGCUGCCCCUGAUGCCUGAGUUCCAGAGGAGCAUCCGCCUGCUGGGCAGGAGACCCACCACGCAGCAGUUCAUUGACACCAUCAUCAAAAAGUACGGCACCCACCUCCUCAUCUCUGCCACCCUGGGAGGAGAGGAGGCCUUGACCAUGUACAUGGACAAAAGCCGCCUCGACAGAAAGUCAGGAAACGCCACCCAGAGCGUUGAAGCUUUGCACCAGCUCGCCUCCUCCUACUUUGUAGAUCGUGAUGGCACCAUGAGGAGACUCCAUGAGAUCCAGAUCUCUACCGGAGCAAUCAAGGUAACAGAAACUCGGACUGGCCCCCUGGGCUGUAACAGCUAUGACAAUCUGGACUCUGUGAGUUCUGUCCUUCUGCAAAGCACUGAGAGCAAACUCCACCUGCAAGGCCUCCAGAUCAUCUUCCCUCAGUAUUUACAAGAGAAGUUUGUCCAGUCUGCCUUGAGUUACAUCAUGUGCAAUGGGGAGGGCGAGUACAUCUGCAGGGACAGCCAGUGUGGCUGCCAGUGCUCCGAGGAGUUCCCGCAGUGCAACUGCCCCAUCACCGACAUCCAGAUCAUGGAGUACACCCUGGCAAACAUGGCCAAGACCUGGACAGAAGCCUAUAAAGAUCUGGAGAAUUCAGAUGAGUUUAAAUCCUUCAUGAAAAGGCUACCUAGCAACCACUUCCUGACCAUUGGGAGCAUCCACCAGCACUGGGGGAACGACUGGGACCUGCAGAACCGCUACAAGCUGCUGCAGAGCUCGCUGGAAGCCCAGCGCCAGAAGAUCCAGCGCACUGCCCGCAAACUCUUUGGCCUCAGUGUCCGGUGUCGGCACAAUCCUAACCACCAGCUGCCUAGGGAAAGGACGAUACAGGAAUGGCUUACCCGAGUCCAGUCCCUGCUCUACUGCAACGAGAACGGGUUCUGGGGGACGUUUCUGGAAAGCCAGCGGAGCUGCGUUUGCCAUGGUGGCACCAGUCUGUGCCAGCGCCCCAUCCCCUGCAUCAUUGGGGGCAACAACAGCUGUGCCAUGUGCAGCCUUGCCAACAUCUCCCUCUGCGGCUCGUGCAACAAGGGCUAUAAGCUUUACCGAGGCCGCUGUGAGCCCCAGAACGUGGACUCGGAGCGGAGCGAGCAGUUCAUCAGCUUUGAGACGGACUUGGACUUCCAGGACCUGGAGCUGAAGUACCUGCUGCAGAAGAUGGACUCCCGCCUGUACGUGCACACCACUUUCAUCAGCAACGAGAUCCGCCUGGACACCUUCUUCGACCCGCGGUGGCGCAAGCGCAUGUCCCUCACCUUGAAGAGCAACAAGAACAGGAUGGACUUCAUCCACAUGGUGAUCGGGAUCUCCAUGCGCAUCUGCCAGAUGCGCAACAGCAGCCUGGACCCCAUGUUCUUUGUCUACGUCAACCCGUUCAGCGGGAGCCACUCGGAGGGCUGGAACAUGCCUUUCGGGGAGUACGGCUACCCGCGCUGGGAGAAAAUCCGCCUCCAAAACAGCCAGUGCUACAACUGGACCCUGCUGCUGGGCAACCGAUGGAAAACCUUUUUUGAGACCGUCCACAUCUACCUACGCAGCCGGACUCGGCUGCCCUCCCUCCUGCGCAAUGAGACUGGCCAAGGGCCCGUGGACCUUUCCGACCCCACCAAGCGCCAGUUCUACAUCAAGAUCUCAGACGUGCAGGUCUACGGCUACAGCCUGCGCUUCAACGCGGACCUCCUGCGCAGUGCGGUGCAGCAGGUCAACCAGUCCUACACGCAGGGCGGGCAGUUCUACUCCUCCUCCUCCGUCAUGCUCUUGCUGCUGGAUAUUCGGGACCGAAUCAACCGCCUGGCGCCUCCGGUGGCCCCGGGGAAGCCCCAGCUGGAUCUGUUCUCUUGUAUGCUCAAGCACCGCCUGAAGCUCACCAACAGCGAGAUCAUCCGAGUGAACCACGCCCUGGACCUGUACAACACCGAGAUCCUCAAACAGUCCGACCAGAUGACAGCCAAACUCUGCUAACCCUGGACUUAGCAAUGGACACUUUGGUGAUUGAUCCUUUUGCUGUAUAAAAAAAAAAAAAAAAAAAAAAAAAAAAUAAAACAAACAAAAAAAAUCCAAAAAAAGAAAAAAAAAGAAAAAAGAGAAAGAGGAAAAAAAAGUAAAAAGUAAGAAGUAAAAGUGGGGGGAGAGAAAAGGGGAAAAAUAAGAUUUGUAAAAUGUAAUUAAUAUACAAAAGAGGAAAAAAAAAAGAGGAAAUUCUUCAUUUGUUGAAAACUAAACCCGUUCUAGCAGCUGUAUAAGACUGUCAGGCAUGUUUGUUAUUUCUAUAAUCCGUCAUAAAAGGGUAACACCGUACUCUCUCUUGACCUUGGGGGUGUUGCUUGUGAGUCCUCAGGGGCAGCAGAGGAAAUUAAGGGAGGAGCAGAGAGAGAGGCAAACUUCUGUACUGAACUGUCAAGUUUUCUGCUAUGCAGGUGCCAAGACAAAGAGACAUACAAAAAAAAAAAUCAAAGCAAACAAACAAACAAGAGUUAUAUGUAAAUGUAAAAGAGCUACCAUUAUUCCUAUAGUGGGAGUAAAUGGUUAAAGAUAAAAGAUAUUUCUUCUGUUGAGAUUUAUGCCAGCUUUAUGUUGAGUUAUUCCCGCAGCCUGUGCUGAGCUUUGCUGGAGGACAGGAGGGGAUGGCAGCCCUUGGGGACUAAAACUGAUGAUUUUUCUCACCUCCUUGGUGAGACCACACAGAAAAGGUGGAGGGUAGGUGCAGGGCUCAGGUGUCCUCACUUUGGGAUUUCCAUCUUGGAAGACAUUUCACCAGAGGUAGAGGCUCAGCAGAUGCUGGAAGAUGGGAUGUGUUGGGUUAUUUAGCUUGACCUGCAGUUCGUGCCCCACACUGGGCUGGUGCUGCCUCCAGUGGUGCCAGAGGAGGAGCAGCACCUGUAAGUCUUCACUCACUCGUCUUUCAGGCCCUUCUACAUAGUCUCUAAAGCAGAGAAAGCCAAAAUCAUAAAGGCAAAGCUGAGUUUGUCUUUCUGCCUCAGGUGCUGGGUUUUCCAGUAGCACUGGGUAGCCCUCAUCACCACAAAAACUAAAGCACAAUGCAAGGGAAUACAUUUCCAAGGAAACCUGGAGGCACUGAAGGGUACAUAGGUCAUUUCUGUUCACUGGGAAAAGAAAAAAUCCUUUUUACUUUCUUAUGUUUCUGUGGCUGUGAAUAAUAUCCUUGUCUCACUUACACUUUGUCCACAAAAAAAAUACAGCAAAUAUAUGAGAACA